AGGUGCAGAAACAUUUUGAAAAGGGAUUGGGGUAAAUGGUCCAAACGCUUCCCCACCACCAUCUGGAACGCGAGUCCGGGCUGCUGGGUCCAUGUCAGGCACAAGGUGGUCAAUUGGUAUAUUCGAUUAGCAUUAACUUGAGGAAGGAACAGCACGGUGGAGAAAUAAGGUCCUUCUCGCGUCCAAUUUUAGUAUGCUUAAUUUUUCAAUUUAACGAACCAGGUUUGCGAAAUAAUACAGGAAUCAUUUGUUACUGUGCAUGUAGGCUAUAUUUUUGUGUAUCAAUACUAAACGUCGUUCUGAAAUGGAGAGGGAAUUUCCAGAUUUUUCUGGCAAAUGGAAAAUGAAAACUUCAGAACAUUUUGAAGAACUUUUGAAAGCACUUGGUGUGAAUGUCUUUGUGAGGAAGAUCGCGGUGGCCGCAGCGUCCAGCCCCGCGGUGGAGAUCAGCCAGGAUGGGGAGAGCCUCCACAUCCAGACCUCCACCAGUGUGCGCACCACCCAGGUUUCCUUCACUGUGGGUCAGUCCUUCAACGAGACCACAGUGGACGGACGUCCCUGCACGAGUUUUCCCAAGUGGGAGUCGGACAACAAGAUCAGCUGUGAGCAGACCUUACAGAAAGGGGAGGGGCCCAAGACCGCCUGGACUCGUGAACUGACCGGCCACGGGGAGCUCAUACUGACAAUGCGGGCGGGGGAUGUGGUAUGCACCAGGGUCUAUGAAAGGGUAUAAGAAACUCUUUUAUGGCUCCACAGUACGUCCAUUUUGGGGGCUUGAUGCAUGAUUUUUCUUUCUUUUUUUUUCUUUCUUCAUUCUGCCAUCUAAUUGGACUGUGGUAAACUGUGCAGCGCACUUUCAAGCCAGGCGUCAGAUUACACCAAGCCGUUUUGGUAUGUGUAGUUGCUUCUUGUACUGUUGAUUUGGUUAGCUACAUUGCCGGAGAGGAAUGUGCUCUCAAUGUACCACAAAAUGAAAAUGUCAUCCAUUCCUUGUUUAAAAAAAAUACCCUUUCUCGAGAGUAGCUAGGCCUCUCUUUCGAAUUGUGAAUAAAGGUAUGACCGGUGGGCA